AUACAUUCUAUUUAGAUGGAAAGUAGCAUAAUGUAGCAUGUCUACUGACAAAAGAAAAGACUUUAUCCUCUCUACUGUUGCCAACUACUUUGGUAUUUUACCAAGUGACAGUAGUAUUCAGAGUUUGUAUAAAGUAAGAGAAAUUAAUGGUUUCCUUGAUGAUGGUAAUAUCUUGGUACUUGUGAGUAUAUGUCAAAGUGAAAAGAAUAUUCAAUUAUAUAACGAGCUUCAAUCUAACAGCCCAGAUGAACAAUGUAUUGUAUUUUUUAAAAUAAAACCAGAGGUUGUAACAGCAGACAAUAUUCAUAACAAUGUGCUGGUUUCGUCAAUGUUUAAUUCGCCCAUCAGCACACUCUAUCAUGCUAUUAAAAAGAUCUUUGGACCAUUGAUAUUAAAUAGUGAUGUUUCAAAUAAAAGCAUUGAUCCUAAAGUUCAGAACUUGUUAAGUGAGUUAGAAUCGGGUUUGGGAAGUUACUUACGAAAGACUGGAGAUCUUUUGGACUCCAAACAGAAAUCUGGUAAUGAAAAUCUUAUAUCUAUUUUGACACCUGCUGAUGAAAUUCAGUAUUGGACCGAUCAAGCAAAUAAUGGCAAUGAAAGAGCAGCAUCCUUUAAAGAAAUUUUUGAAAGAUCCAAUUUUGCUAAGGAUUUUGUUAACUUGGAUCCACUUGACUUAAUGGAGACAUUGGAAGUUGUGGAUAUUUCAAUGGAUAAUUUUGAUGAACUUUGGAAGCAAGAUGAUCAUAAAGAAUAUCCCCAGCAGCGAAUGACUCAUUUGUUUGAUAUAUUCGGAGGUAGUAUAGGAAGACAUAUCCAAAAGAAAAUUUCUACAAUUGAAUUAUGGAAAGAGAAGUUUAGUGUGGUGAAAGAAAACCUUCAAUUUGGUAUACAAAUUUGCGAAAAAUGGAACAAUGUGUGUGAGACAUUAACUGAGCGAUUUUGGAAAACGUAUCAUGGUCAUGCUUGGAAGGGAGAUAAAUACGUUCCUAUCAAUCUAAUGAAAUUAUGUAGCAGACUAGAAGAGAUUCUUCGAAUUAGAAUCAUUCAUGAACAACAUAGCAAAUUGCUUUCAUCAUCAGAACGUCAGUUUCUUAAUAGCGAGCAAGCAUUUCAGCCUUUUGCUGGUCUUAAUCCUGUGCAAUACAAUCCUUUUACAGUACCUCUAUGGAAUGCGGCUGUUGCACAAUACAGCAAAAGUAUUGAACCAAUUGAGGAUAGAAUUGCUACCAAGCUAAGAGAAAAAUUUAACAAUACUAAGGCCAAAUCAUUCCAGCUGCUACGGGAAUUUCAACGUUAUAAGGAGUUGAUUAAUCGUCCAAACAUCAAGAAAGCUCUUACAGCUGAAAGGGAAACUUUGCUUGGACAAUUGCAAGAACAUGUAAAAAACUUGAAAGCAGAUUUUCAUGCAAAGUCUACGUAUGCUAAAGGUGAAGGCCCACCAAAAGGAUUGAACAUGUCAGAUAUGAUAAACCAUGUUGUUUGGGCAAGGCAGCUUCAAGCUAAGGUUAAAGAGCUUUUAAAGUCAGCCGAAAAUCUUCUUGGAGAUACAAGCUCAUUCGAAAAGUUCAAAAAAUUUUGCUCUGCAUUCAUUGAGGAAGUGACUGCAUAUAUGAAAGAAAAUUAUGAGAGCUGGGUUAAGGAUACUAUUGAGAGUAUCGACGAUACUGAGCAACCAUUGGGAUUGAAGACUGCAGGAAAGUUGAUGGAACUUGGUCAUAGUGAUGGCAAGCUGGAGGUUCAGUAUGAUGAACGACUUGUCAAGCUUAUCCGAGAAGUUCGACAGUUACAAGGAAUGGGUUAUGCUGUUCCAGCAAAAAUACAAAAUACGGCUACUAAUGCAAUGAAAUUUUACAGACAAGCAGUUGUGUUAAAACAAGUAGCUCACUUCUAUAACACAAUUGAUCAACAAAUGGUUGACUGUCAACAAGCUAUGAUGUUGGAUACUGCUUUAGCAUUUGAGAAGUUGGUUAAAAACCCAAAGUCUGGAUCAAAAGAAAAAGGAGGGAGAACUCAUGUGACAUGGGACAAUCCCCAAGAAGUUGAGAUAUACAUCAAGAAAUUACAAACUGUUGCAGAGAAGUUGACCACUGAUAAUAGGAGACUGAGAAAAUGUCAUACAAUUAUGAUAGAUAAGGCUGUUCAACUAAUGGGAAUUGAUCUUUUAAGACAUCAACCAAAAUGGAAGGAUAUUUUAAUUGAGAUGAGACAACUAAUCAGUAAUUUAAACGAGCAGGGUUUCAAACAUGGCAAUAUGAAACCGUGGAUACUGCAUUUGGAUCAUCAACUCUACAAAGCUUUGGAACACCAAUAUCAAUUAGGAUUGGAAGCUCUGAAUGAGAAUCUUCCGGAAAUUAAAGUCGAGCUAGCCUUUAGACAACAGCAGCUUCAGUUCCGUCCACCUUUUGAAGAAAUAAGAUCUAAAUACUACCGUGAGAUCAAAAAAUUUAUAACAGUGCCAAAGAAUUUCAAAGGACUUGGAGAAAACCAGUUAAUGUUUCAGAAUAUUAUUGAAAAUAAUUCUCAGUUAUUUGAAACUGUUUACGCAAAAGCAGAGGUAUUGUUUAAUCGACUUGCUACUGUAAAAGAUCAGUUUAGAGAUUGGGUGGUGUUUGGUCAUAUGGAUAUGGAUAAAUUAACUGAUGAACAUUUAAAAGUUGUUGGUGAUUGGGAAUUAAACAUUAAGAUGGUAAAGGUAAAGGGUAAAGAAGCUGAAAAACUCCCACUUUCUGUAAAAGUUGAUUGUAUCACUGUGUCGACUUCACCUGUCAAAUCCACAAUUGAUGAUUUAAUUACAAAAUUGUUUGAUACCCUACUUAUUUCAUUGCGUCGCUCUAUUGUUCAGGAUUAUAACAGCUUAGAUGGUUAUACUAGUAAAAGUAUGGAUGAACUUAAUCAAGUACCACAGUCUAUUGAGGAAAUGGGUGAAGUGAAUGAGAAGUACCGUAAAAUAAUAGAGGAGAAGGUGCAGUUCAAAGAAAUGUACACUCGAGUUGAGCAAAAGAACAAACUUUUAGCGCAAACUGCUGGUGGUGGAGUAGAAAAGCUUGCUGAGCUUUCGCAAAAAUGGGAGAAACUUGAACUUAUGUUAGAAGCACAUGAAAUGAUGGUUAAAGGCCAGAUGGAGACUAUGAAAAAAGAUUUGCUUAGUCGUGUUGACGGUUUUACUACAGAACUUGAUCGUUUUUCUGCACGCUGGCAUCAACUUAAACCUGCCAACAUUGAUGCUGAUUCUGAUACCAAAACCUGCAAUGCCGCAGUUGCUAAUAUUAAAGAACGCCGUAUUGAAUUUAAUGAGCUUGUACAAAGAAAAGAAAAGCUUGUCUUCGACUGUUCAAAUUUUGAUAUUGGUGAACAAGAGUUCCCUCUGAUAACAGAACUUGACCAAGAUAUCACCAAUUAUGAGGAAAUGUGGAAACUUUAUGAAGAAUUUAGUGCCGAUUUGGAAACAAUGAGUCAACAAGAUUGGAUAUCUUUUAGGUCAAAAACUGGACAGUUUGAUGAUAUGCUUGUGACUUGGUUAGAUAAACUAAAGAAGACAGAGCCUAAUGUGAUGACACUUAAAAUACAAAAGAAUGUUGACACCUACAAAAAUGUGGUACCUGUUCUUAAGUUUGUAAGAGGUGAAACACUUUCAACUGACCACUGGAUGGAAUUGUUUCGAAUGGUUAAAAUGCCAAAGGGUACAACACUUGAAAAACUUAUCUUUGGUGAUAUUUUAAAUGCUUCUGAAGAAAUUAUUGCACAUCGAGAUGAAUUGAAGGAGCUAAACAGUCGCGCACAAGGUGAAGUGACUAUUCGAGAUGCAUUACGUGAGCUUGAUCUGUGGGGAGCUGGUGCAGUAUUUAACCUAACACCAUACUCCGAUACUAAUAAUAAAGAAAUGCAAUUAAUUAAAGAUUGGAGAGAGGUGUUUAAUCAGGUUGGUGAUAAUCAAUGCUUGUUGCAAUCAUUAAAGGACUCCCCUUAUUAUCAAGGCUUUGCCGACAAAGCAACAAUCUGGGAAACACGUCUGGCAGAUUUGGAUGAGUAUCUUCAUAACUUGAACCAGGCACAGCGUAAAUGGGUUUAUCUGGAACCUAUAUUUGGAAAGGGUGCUUUACCAAGAGAACAAGAAAGAUUUAGGCGGGUUGAUGAGGAUUUUAGGUCUAUCAUGUUUGAUGUUGCAAAUGACAAUAGAUUGGUGUCAUUAGUUUCAAGACCAGGUAUACGUAACUUGCUGAUAACUUUGUUGGAUCAGUUGCAAAGAUGUCAAAAAUCCCUUAACGAAUUUUUGGAAGAAAAACGCUCUCUUUUUCCUCGUUUUUAUUUCAUUGGCGAUGAUGAUCUGCUAGAAAUAUUAGGACAAUCCACUAACCCAAAUGUUAUUCAAACUCAUUUAAAGAAACUUUUUGCUGGCAUACAUCAUGUGGAGUUUGAUGAGGGCUGUAAACACAUUCUUGCUAUGAAAUCGUUAGAAGGAGAGAAAGUUCCAUUAACGAAUCCUGUCAGUAUUACUGACGAAGUUGAGGUCUGGCUUGCUGAAUUAGCAUCAGAAAUGAAAGGCACCUUACAGAAAUUGUUAAAGGAAUGUCAUGCAGCUAGUAAAUCUGGCAAUGUGGAUCCAUCACUCUUUCCUUCUCAGAUUCUAUGUUUAGCAGAAUCAAUUUUAUUUACUGAGAGAUGUGAAGACGCUCUACGGAAUGGUAGACUGCACAUGCUAAAAGGAGAGCUUGAGGCUCAGCUCGAAAGUUACACCACUACUGACAUAGGUAGUAGUGGCGACCAAGAUACACAUGUACUAGAAUUAAAAUUAAAGGCCUUAAUCUUGGAUACAAUCCAUUUCAUUGAUGUAGUUGAUCAACUACAGCAUGAUAAUGUAAGAGGAACAGAAGAAUGGGCAUGGCAAAAGCAACUUCGGUUUUAUAUGGAUAAAAAAGGCAAUUGCUACAUGAACAUGGUCGAUGCUGAAUUUGCAUAUACGUAUGAAUACCAAGGAAAUGCAAGUAAACUGGUCCACACACCUUUGACUGAUAAAUGUUACUUAACCUUGACACAGGGUAUGAAAAUGGGUUUAGGAGGUAAUCCAUAUGGACCUGCUGGUACUGGAAAAACAGAAAGUAUCAAAGCAUUAGGUGGUUUGUUUGGUCGACAAGUCUUGGUAUUCAACUGUGACGAAGGUAUAGAUGUAAAGUCCAUGGGUCGCAUCUUCAUUGGCCUCGUAAAAUGUGGAGCAUGGGGUUGUUUUGAUGAGUUUAAUAGAUUGGAAGAAGCAGUUUUGUCUGCAGUCUCCAUGCAGAUCCAAACUAUACAAGCUGCCAUUAAGAGUAAAGAACCAAGUAUUGAACUUCUUUCAAGAAAGAUUGAACUUGAUGUCAAUUCUGGCAUUUUUAUCACACUUAAUCCAGCUGGUAAAGGUUAUGGUGGCCGUCAGAAGCUACCAGAUAAUUUGAAACAGUUAUUUAGACCAGUUGUUAUGUCAAAACCUAACAAUGAACUAAUUGCAGAAGUUUUAUUGUUUUCUGAGGGGUUUAAAGAUGGCAAAAACCUUGGUAGAAAACUUGUUGCAAUAUUUACACUGGCAAGUGAGCUGUUAUCACAGCAGCAGCAUUAUGAUUGGGGAUUACGUGCUCUGAAGACUGUCUUAAAAGGUUGUGGUAACAUACUGCAAAGUGAGAAGCAAAAACAAAAAGGAGAGAAACGUAAAGUUGACAUACAAACAGAAAUCAAACUGGUUGUCCAAGCUCUGCGAUUAAAUACAUUAUCAAAGCUAACCUUCUCUGAUUCUAAAAGAUUUGAUGCUUUGAUCAAAGAUGUUUUUCCUGGUAUUAGCUUCCAAGAUGUUGAGUAUACUACUUUAAAAGAAGCACUUAAAGAAGCAAUGAAGGAGAUGGGUUUGGUGGAAAGUGCAGUGCAGAUAAAGAAGGCAUUAGAGUUGUAUGAACAACUGAGGCAAAGAAUGGGUGUUGUGAUUGUUGGCCCUAGUGGAUCUGGAAAAAGUUGUCUCUGGAGAAUUUUACGAAGUGCAAUGGCAAAAAUUGGUCAAACUGUUAAGCAAUAUACAAUGAAUCCCAAAGCAAUGCCAAGAACGCAGUUACUAGGUCAAAUCGACAUGGAUACUCGUGAGUGGUCAGACGGUGUGCUGACAAACGCAGCAAGACAAGUUGUGCGUGAACCACUGGAAGUGCAAUCCUGGAUUAUAUGUGAUGGUGACAUAGAUCCUGAAUGGAUCGAGUCAUUGAAUUCUGUACUGGACGAUAACCGAUUGCUUACGAUGCCUUCUGGAGAGCGUAUUCAGUUUGGUCCAAAUGUAAACUUCCUGUUUGAGACACAUGAUCUUAGUUCUGCUUCACCAGCUACAAUAUCGAGAAUGGGAAUGAUAUUUUUAAGUAAUGAAGACACAGAUGUACAAGCCAUCAUCAAGUCAUGGGUUGACCGGGAAGCAAGUGAUAACAAGCUCUUAACUGGUUGGAUCGAUGAUUACUUCAUGAAAGCUUUGGAUUUUGUUAUAAAGCAGAAUGAUUUUGUUGUUGAGACCACAUUGGUUGGUGCUGUUCUUAGUGGAUUGUCUCAUUUAAAAGGUGUAGCAGUUAAAGCAGAAUUUGCAUGUGCAUUAUUAAGAGGCUUGGGAGCAAACUUAAACGAAGAAUCUAAGUUAGCAUAUGCUAAGGAGUUGUUUCGAUGGGUUGGAGAAUCACUUCCUGAUGCAUCUCGCCCAUUGGAUACAUAUUAUGACAAGAAAAAGGGAAGGUUGAUGAGUUACCAAUUGAAGGUACCAGAUAAUCUACGAGUUGAAAAUUUUUCUUCGACUAAACUACCUGUUAUUCUUACGCCCGAUGUAAAAAGAUACCUGGAUUUCUUCUCGCUGUGGUUAAAAGCUGAGGAUGCACGGCAACCUUUCAUACUAGCAGGUCCAGAGGGAUGUGGAAAAGAGUUGUUGCUGAAUUACACUUUUGAGCAAUUACGUUCAACACAAGUCGCAACAAUUCAUUGCAAUGCUCAAACAUCGCCAUUACAUGUGCUUCAAAAACUUGCACAGACCUGCAUGACUAUCAGUACCAAUACUGGUCGUGUGUACAGGCCGAAAGAUUGUGAACGCUUGAUUUUAUAUUUGAAAGAUAUUAAUCUGCCAAAACCAGAUAAGUGGGGGACCAGUCAAAUCGUUGCAUUUCUACAACAGGUGAUAACCUAUAAUGGCUUUUACGAUUUCAAUCUUGAAUGGGUUGGUUUGGAUGGUGUACAGAUUGUUGCAUCUAUGAACUCCUCCAGCUCUUUAGGAAGACACCAGCUAAGCUCAAGAUUUACAUCUAUCGUGAGGAUAUGCUCCAUUGGAUAUCCAAAUAAAACUGAGUUGGAGACCAUUUAUACAGAAUAUCUGAAAGCUUUACUUCAAGAUUCAUAUAAAAGUCAUGCCAUUUGGGGUUCAGAGAGAAACCUUAAGCAACUUUCAAAGUCAACUAUACAGAUCUACGAGCAGGUUCGAGGUAAAUUUACGGUUGACGACUACCCCCACUACAUCUUUACUCCACGAGAUGUAACACAAUGGGUACUUGGUCUACUCAGAUAUGAUAUCUCAGAUUCAACAGGAGAUACUGCUGAAGGUCUUUUAAAGAUUUGGGCUUAUCAGGCAAAGAGGUUGUUUUCUGACCGUCUUGUAAGCAAGGACAGUUCUGACAAAUUUGACAGCAUGUUAGCAUCUGUUAUAAGAAACGACUGGUCUGUUACAUUAGAGGAUAUUAAAAACACGUAUUAUGUGACAUGGGGAACUGGCGGAGGUAUAUCACACACUGGAAAUGUUGCUGGCUCUUUCGGUCGCCCCCUUGGCAUGUUAUCACGACCAGACUUCAAGCAAAUUGUUGCAAAAGGUCUUGCUGCUUUUGCUCGUGAUACAAAGGAGAUUGACUAUCUGAUAUUUCGAGAAGUUCUUGAGACAGUUGCAAAGAUUGAUCGAGUUUUAACACAGCCAAGUGGUUCGCUUGUCUUGGCUGGUCGUAGCGGUGUUGGUCGAAGAACAGCUGUUAUGCUUGUGGCUCACAUGCACCAAGUUAAUAUUGUUAGUCCGAAAAUUUCAAGAGGAUAUGGCGUAAAGCAGUUCAAAAACGACUUGAAAAUAGCAAUGCAAAGUGCUGGCAUUGACGGUGAACAAGUAAUUUUAUUGAUUGAAGAUCAUCAGUUGGUCGAAGCAGAAUUUCUAGAACUUAUUAACAGUUUACUUUGCUCUGGUGACGUUCCUGGUCUUUACACAUCUGAAGAAUUGGACCCUCUCCUUGCUCCUCUGAGAGAUCAAGCUUCACAAGACGGUUUCCGUGGGCCGAUUCAUGCAUAUUUUGCUCGGCGUGUGUUAUGCAAUUUACACAUUGUGUUAAUUAUGGAUUCUUCCUCAUCAAAUUUUGUUGUAAAUUGUGAGGCUAACCCUGCGUUGUAUAAAUGUUGUUCUUUUCAAUGGCUGGAAGGGUGGAACAAAAGUAGUAUGUUAAAAAUUCCAAAGAUGUUACUUGAGCAGAAAAACAACAUUAAGGAUGUCAAUUCGAAAGCAUUGUACGACUUUCCAAUUAAUGAAAAACUUUGCGAACACUUCUAUCUGAUUCAUCAAAGCUGCUUAAAAACUGGUGCAACUCCAAGACAAUACUUGAACUUUUUGCAAAACUACAUUAAUGUUUUCACAAGCAAGAAAGAUGGGAUUGAAAAAAGAAGAAAUCAUCUACAGGGUGGUGUCUCAAAGUUAAAUGAAGCCACCUCACUGGUUGAUGAUUUGAAGAAAAAAGCAGCCGAACAGAGCAAGUUACUAUCUGAGAAACAAGCUGAAGCUGAUGCAGCAUUGAAGGGUAUAACGCAGAGUAUGCAGAAUGCAGGAGAUCAGAAAACUGAAAUGGAACGAUUAAAAGAGAAACAAGGAGUCGAAGCUGAAAAGUUAGAAAAACGUAAGAAAGUAAUCGAGGCAGAACUAAGCGAGAUUGGACCAUUGUUAGAAGAAGCGCAAAAAGCAGUUGGUGGAAUCAAAUCAGAAUCCUUGAGUGAGAUCAGGGCGCUUCGAAUGCCUCCCGAUGCUAUCCGUGAUAUCCUAGAAGGGGUUUUACGUUUGAUGGGAAUCAUGGAUACAUCAUGGGUGAGCAUGAGAAGCUUUUUGGCUAAACGAGGUGUAAAGGAAGAGAUUUGCAACUUCGAUGCGCACAAUGUGUCACCUGAAGUUCGAGAAAAUGUGGAGGAAUUAUUAAAGAGUAAAAAAUCAUCUUUUGAUCCCAAGGUUGCUAAACGUGCUAGUGUGGCUGCCGCGCCUCUUGCUGCAUGGGUGAGAGCGAACAUUCAAUAUUCUAAAGUGCUGGAAAAGAUUGAACCGUUAGAGAAAGAACAAGCUGACUUACAGAAGGGUAUUGACAAGUCGCAACAACGUCUGGAUAAAUUAGGAAAAGCGUUAGAUACAGUCGAUAAGAAAGUUGCAGACAUGAAAGGAAAAUUUGAAAAGCGAACUCAAGAAGCUGCCAAACUGAAAGUUGAUGUGGAUAAAGCUCAAGAGACGAUUACGGCUGCUGAAACAUUGGUUGGGAAGCUGCAAGGCGAAUUUAAAAGAUGGUCAGUGCAGGUUGGCGAGCUUACCAAGGAAACUGAACAGCUUCCUGCCCGUUCACAGCUGGCUGCUGGAUUUAUCACCUACCUUGGUUGUCAACCGGAAAAUGUUCGUCGCAAAUUUGUCAACAAAUGGUGCCAAAUCGUUGGAAUAGAAGAGUUUGAUUUGAAGAAAUAUUUAACCUCGGAGAGUGAACAGUUAGUUUGGAAAGGAGAAGGGUUACCAUCUGAUGUACUGUCAAUGGAGAAUGCACUGAUUAUUUUGAAAGAUUCCGGUUGUCCAUUUUUGGUUGAUCCAUCACAGCAAGCUACGGAGUGGCUGAAACACCACAUGAAAGACCAACGUUUGGAAGUCGUCAAUCAACAGGAUGCAAACUUUGUGACAUCACUUGAACUUGCAGUCCGAUUUGGCAAGACGCUGGUUAUUCAGGAGGUUGAUGGCGUUGAACCGAUCCUGUACCCGAUUUUAAGGAAGGAUUUUGUUAGCCAAGGUCCACGUUAUGUAGUUCAAGUGGGUGAAAAAACGGUUGAUUAUAAUGAGAGUUUCAGAGUGUUCUUAACUACACGUAAUCCUAAUCCAGAGCUCACACCCGACAUUGCAUCGGUUAUAAACGAAGCAAACUUUACAACAACAAGAGCUGGCCUGACUGGGCAGCUUCUUGCGUUAAUAUUACAACUCGAGAAACCGCAGUUGGAAGUAAAGAAAACAGAAUUGCUUCAUAAGGAAGAAGAAUUAAAGAUCCAGCUAGCAGAGUUAGAAGAAUCGUUAUUAGAGUCACUUGCAAAUGCCGAAGGAAACAUACUCGACAACAAAGAGCUUCUCGAUUCGCUCAAUAAAACGAAAUCAAGCAGUAGUACCAUCACACAAUCGUUACAAGACGCUCAUCAAAUUCAAGUUACACUUGACAAGGAGCGAGAUGCUUAUCUUCCACUGGCUGAGCACGGCAGCGCUAUGUAUUUUGCAAUCUGCGACCUGGCGAAGGUCAACAAUAUGUACAGAUUUAGUCUGGCCUCUUUCUUAGAGUUAUUUAGAAGAGCGCUUAAAUCUGCUAAGGACGCUCAGGGGAAGGAAAGAACGAGCGUGUUAAAGAAUACUGUUCAAACUUUGGUGUACGAAUACAUAAGCAGAUGUCUAUUUAAGGCGGAUCGACAGAUGUUUGGUCUUCAUCUUGUGCAUGGUAUCUACCCAGACAUGUUUGAAAAGCAGGAGUGGGAGUAUUUCUGUGGAAUGAUUGUCAGUGCUGUUCUCCAAAGAAGAGAAUCUUUGCUUGGUAUGGGGAAAUCACUACCAGAUUGGGUUGACGAAGAAAGACUGUCUGCUCUAUCAUCCUUUAAGAACACUUUCAGUAACCUUUUCAAUUCACUUGACUUAACUAAUCAGUCGUUAUGGUCUGGUUUCGGCAAGAGUUCGCAAUGUGAACAAGAAUUCCCAUCUUCGCUUACUAAUAAAGUGUCAGCGUUUCAACGGGUGUUAGUUGUACAGGCGUUGAGACCAGAUCGUUUACAAAGUGCAAUGAACUCGUUCGCGUCCAAAGCGUUGGGUUUGAAGGCUUUAGCUGCGUCUUCGGUGAAUUUAAAACGACUAGUAAAAGAAACGACAGCUAAGGAACCAAUUUUAAUCCUCAUUUCACCUGGUUCUGAUCCUUCACAGGAAUUGCAAGAAUUGGCUGAUCAAACAGUUGGCCAUGAUAGGUACCACCAGGUUGCAAUGGGUCAAGGUCAAGCCGAAAUAGCAAUGAAGUUACUUUCUGACUGCUCUAAAAAUGGAGACUGGUUGUGUUUGAAGAAUCUUCAUUUAGUAACAGCAUGGUUGCCUAAACUGGAAAAAGUUUUAAAUAGUCUUCAACCAAAUGAAGGAUUUCGGUUAUGGCUCACUACAGAAACACAUCCGAAGUUUCCUACUAUAUUGUUGCAGUCAAGUUUGAAGGUGACAUUUGAAGCCCCACCUGGUAUAAAAAAGAAUAUGCUGCGCUCUUACGAAAGUUGGAGUCCAAACUUUGUCCAGCAAAACUCAAGUUCACGAGCACAGACCCUGUUUGCGUUGGCUUGGUUUCACGCCCUUGUUGAAGAACGAAGAAAUUACAUUCCACAGGGUUGGACAAAGUUUUACGAAUUUUCGAUGGCAGAUUUACGUGCUGGUGCAGAUAUUAUCGACCGACUUUACAAAGCCGCGGGUUCCAAAUCCAUCAAGUGGGACUUUUUACACGGACUUUUUGAGAAUGCGAUUUAUGGUGGUCGCGUUGAUAAUAAUUUUGACGUGAGAGUACUAUCAGCAUAUCUUCAGCAAUAUUUUUCGGAUUCUUUGUUGAGCGGUGCAAGAAGCAAAAGUAAAUUGUUUCCAGAUAACAUCGCCAUACCUGCAUCGUCUAACUACAAGGAAUUCACUGAUGUUGUUGUAAAUCUACCUGACGAAGACAAGCCAUCUUUUUUCGGUUUACCUUCUAAUAUUGAACGCUCCGCCCAACGUAUUGUUAGUGGCCAAGUUAUUUCUCAAUUGAAGAUACUGAUGAGAUCAGAUAUAUCUGCUCAUAAAUUUGAUAAAGAAAAAUGGGGAAGUGAACUUGCUCCGAUAUUGAAUUUAUGGAAGAAACUAAACCAGGGCUCUCAAACGUUACAACAGAAGGUACACGCGCCGGUGGAUAACGAAAAUACACAACCAGUAGAAUCAUUCGUACGUUUGGAACAUUACAAUGCUGUUUUGCUUGUUCAGCAUGUUCAUGCGACUCUUUCUUCGCUUGCAAAAGUCAUUAAAGGGACACAACUGGUAACUCCAACAGUUCAGAAAAUGGCAGUUUCAUUGAUGCAUCAUGAAACUCCUCAAUGUUGGAGUAAAAUGUGGGAAGCUGGUCCUGAAGAUCCUGUGCUGUGGUUGAAAGGUGCCAUGCAGAAAACGUUGGCGUUGGCCUCUUGGCUAGAAAAAACUAAUUCCAAAACCUUGCUGUCAGACAAGCUUGAUCUAGCAGAAUUAUUUCACCCAGACACCUUUCUCAACGCCUUGAGACAACAAACGGCUAGGACAACUUCGACACCAAUGGAUCAACUAAAAAUUGUGUCUACUUGGAAGGCUACCUCUUUGUCGAAGAACGCGGUGAAGAUUGGUGGAUUGCAAUUAGAAGGAUGUACAUUCGACGGUAACAACCUAGCUGAAAACGAACGCAAUUCUCCAAGUGUUUCUUCUGUCCCACCAUGCACUGUAGCCUGGAUACCGAAGAAUCAAGCUGAUCCACACAGUCCUGAUGAGUGUAUCGUCCUGCCAGUCUACUGCACAAUCACUCGUGAGAAGAUUGUUGCUCAACUUAGCGUUCCUUGUGGUGGUGAUCAACAAAAGUGGAUAAAGUCAGGCGCAGCAUUAUUUCUGAAGAAUGAAUGAUUUUGUGUUGAUAUUCUUGAGAGCACUGCAUUUGUAUUUACAUGCACAAGAUUGGGAUUAAAAGUAAAAAAAUUAUAAAUUAA